UCUCUACACAGAAUCGGCUGUUGAGUGUGCUCUCAAUGGAGGGUUUUAGCUGUUCUCUGACAAAGAGCUGGUUCUGAGCUGCACAUCUCGUCCUCUUUGUUCAGCCUCUGGCUUCAAGCAUUGAAUCCUAAAUAUUCUCCAGCUGGGAAUCAGACAAGGGCAGAAAUGAAGAACCCAGAAGCCCAGCAGGAUGUUUCAUUUUCCCAGGGAUUUCGCAUGUUGUUUUACACGAUGAAACCCAAUGAAACUUCAUUUCAAACGUUAGAAGAGGUGCCUGAUUAUGUUAAAAAGGCAACUCCAUUUUUCAUUUCCUUGAUGCUACUUGAACUUGUUGUCAGCUGGAUUCACAAAGGGAAGUCACCGGGUCGCUUGGAUGACGCUUUAACGUCAAUCUCAGCUGGUGUUCUGUCUCGACUUCCAAGUCUAUUUUUCAGGAGCAUUGAACUGACCAGUUAUAUUUACAUCUGGGAGAAUUACAGGCUGUUCAGUUUGCCUUGGGAUUCUCCAUGGACUUGGUAUUUAACCUUCUUCGGAGUUGACUUUGGCUACUACUGGUUCCAUCGUAUGGCCCAUGAAGUUAAUAUUAUGUGGGCCGGACACCAAACACAUCAUAGUUCUGAAGACUAUAACUUAUCCACAGCACUGAGACAGUCUGUCUUCCAGUUAUAUACUUCCUGGAUUUUCUACUCUCCCCUGGCCCUCUUCAUACCCCCUUCAGUAUAUGCUGUUCAUCUUCAGUUCAAUCUUCUUUACCAAUUUUGGAUCCAUACAGAGGUCAUCAAUAACCUUGGUCCUUUGGAACUGAUUCUUAAUACUCCUAGCCAUCAUAGGGUUCAUCAUGGCAGAAAUCGUUAUUGCAUAGACAAAAAUUUUGCUGGUGUUCUUAUUAUUUGGGAUAGAAUUUUUGGGACAUUUGAAGCAGAAAAUGAAAAAGUUGUAUAUGGCUUAACACAUCCCAUUAAUACAUUUGAACCAAUCAGAGUGCAGUUCCAUCACUUAUUUUACAUAUGGACUACAUUCUGGGCCACACCUGGAUUCUUUAAUAAGUUGUCUGUCAUAUUUAAAGGACCAGGAUGGGGUCCAGGUAAACCAAGACUUGGUCUAAGUGAAGAAAUUCCAGAGGUUACUGGGAAAGAUGUUCCCUUCUCAUCAUCCGCAUCUCAGCUAUUAAAGAUAUACACAGUUGUACAGUUUGCUCUGAUGCUAGUGUUUUAUGAAGAGACCUUUGCAGAUGCAGCUGCACUGUCACAAGUGACUCUCCUUCUGAGAGUUUGCUUCAUUAUCCUGACCUUGACUUCCAUUGGAUUUCUUCUGGAUCAAAGACCCAAGGCAGCUUUUAUGGAAACUCUCCGUUGCUUGAUGUUCCUAAUGCUGUACAGAUUUGGUCACCUGAAGCCUGUAGUCCCUUCCUUGUCAUCUUCUUUUGAGGUCUACAAGUCAAGUUUGGAGACAGCUAGAAUGAGAAGUGGGGAAGAACAACAAUUUUGAAGGAAAUGUCAGAGCUAUGAAUUCUUGGUCUGACACUUACUCUGUCUGUGACUUUGGACUCUGUGCCUCAGGUUGUUCAACUGUAAAAUAGGUUUAAUAAGAGCAACAUACAUUGAGCUCUUACUAUGUCCUAAAUGCCUUACUAGUAUUAUUCCAUUCAGUAUUCAUAUCAAACCUAUGAUGUAGUUACUUCCAUUAUCUUCAUAAUGAGAAUACUGAGGGGUGUACACAACUUAUCUAAAUGCACAUAACUAUUAAGUGAGUAAGUCAGGGAACAAACUCAGGAAGUCUGACACUAUAACUCUUAAUGAUCAAGAUACAUUUUCAUCCAUGUAAUGAUAACAAUACUCGUCUACUUCAAGGGUUAUAGCAAAAUAUAGCAAAAGUAGCUUGGAAAAUGUGAAGAGUUAUAAUAAAAUGUCUUAUCAAUUUAACUCCAAACGAGUUUUGAAGAGACAAGUGGUUUGAAUAAUUUACCUCUGAAUUAUCUUUGGUUUAUGAUUCAGGGAAAAUAGAACCUCAUGGAAAAAUCUUUCAGAGUGCUUAGCUACUCUUUCCAUAAACUACUUCUGUCCAUCUGGGCACAUGCAUGGCCAGUUCUUCAAGAGUAGAUGUUGCCUGUGAUUUGUCACUAGAAUUUUUCUUUAAAAUGAUGUUAAAACAGUAUUUAAUUCACAUGGUUUGGUGGAAAAAUGAAGUGCCACAAAGGAGAGAACAUAGGAAGAAAUUGAUAAAUUACAGUUAUCAUUGUUCAUAUUACCAUUAUUAGAGUAUUAGUAUUAUUAUUAUUAUUAAACUAAGCCAUUAAUGAUUAAACUUGAGCAAGUCUUCUCUGUCAAGAGGUCGAGAUGGCAGCGUAAGACUGGAUAAAUAUUUUGCUAGCGACCUUUCUUUUUUAAUCUGGGAAGUAGCCUUUUCUUUCCACUUCUUUUUAAAGCUAAACAUUGUAA